UCGACAUUUGAGCCAACUUGGCCUAUCAAUUUUCAUAAAUUUUCACAGAAACAAUUAUUGUAACUGCAGGUUGUUGUCAAAUUGUUACGAGUUUGAAAGUGACCAUUGUUUGAUUGACGAACAACCAGUGAAAUUUUAAUUCGAAAGUGAAAUUCCACACGUAAGCAUGCAAAUAAUCGAUUCUGCAUGUUUAACGUGAAGUAAAUAACCAUAUUAUCAACAAUUUUCACAAUGAUAAAGGCUAUUUUGGUCUUCAACAAUCAUGGAAAGCCAAGGCUUUCAAAAUUUUAUCAAUAUUUUAACGAGGAUAUGCAGCAGCAAAUAAUAAAAGAAACAUUCCAGUUAGUUUCAAAGCGGGACGACAAUGUGUGCAAUUUUCUAGAAGGCGGCAGCCUUAUCGGAGGAUCUGAUUACAAAUUGAUUUAUCGACACUAUGCAACUCUCUAUUUCGUCUUUUGUGUCGAUAGUUCCGAGUCGGAACUUGGAAUUCUGGACUUGAUUCAAGUCUUCGUCGAAACAUUGGACAAAUGUUUCGAAAACGUUUGCGAACUAGAUCUUAUAUUUCACGUGGACAAGGUCCAUUAUAUACUAAAUGAAUUAGUUAUGGGCGGAAUGGUACUAGAAACAAAUAUGACAGAAAUCCUCACGAGGAUAGAUGAUCAAACUAAACUUGAGAAACAAGAGGCGGGAAUAACGGCAGCACCCGCGAGGGCCGUUUCGGCAAUGAAGAAUAUGAACAUCCCCCAGCAAAUAAAGGACAUGAAAUUGCCCGAUUUACCUCAAGCGAUAAAGGAUCUAAAAUUCUGACCAGCCGUCACGUCCCUGGCUCCAAGUUGACUGGGUUCUUCUUUCGUGUACCAGGUCGUCGAGGCCGUGGAUGGAAAUGUUUUCCAUUCUUUUCGAACGAACGAGAAGAUGCCAAUACUACCUGCGAAUUCAUCCUACAUUCUGACACUUGGCACCGCUACCAGGGCUAAUUUCCGCAAAUGAAAGGAAGAAAAGAAAAUAACAGAAGAGAAGAGAAACAGCAAUUAUAAUACGGUAUUAAGUGUAGGUAUCCUUUUUGAAUAGAGGAAAGAGGCUUGACUUUAAAGAAGAGAAAUUAGACUCUAGAGAAGAGUUUCUCGUCUCGAAUCAACAGCAGUCUCAGCUGAUUGAUAAAUCAACGAUUCGAGAACUCGAAUUGAUACUCAAUUGCUGAAUGUGUCCAUUUUUUACCAGCAUAUUGUGCGAAAGUGUUACGUGUGAAUAUCAUUCCUUGAAUUAGAGGUUCCUUGUGCAUUGUAUUUAUGCGAUACAAAUUACAUAUUAUUGUAUUCUACGAUAUUGUUUAUGGCACCUGGUGCUCAUGUGCCACCUAUAUUUCUGAAUUAAAAAUCAGAAUUAUUUCUCUA